AUGGCCUCGUGGACCCAAGUCUUCAACAGUCUGGACAUGCUUAUCUACAGCCGCAUUGAUUACAAAAAGCAUCUUGAGUAUAAGAAGCCUAAGACACCACACACAAUCCGAGAUAAGAUUGGAUUUUGUUUGUCCAUUCCUUUCAACGCCCGCCGCCUCGGUACCAAAUGGCAAAUAAACCAUGUCUAUCGAUUCCAGGAUUGUGGAGAAGGGGCUGUUCCAUCGCGAAAUGACUUCCUUUGGGAGACAUCCCGGAGCAUUCUGUGCACUUGUUGUGUGGCAUUGCUGUGGUUCUUCGUCUCCUUCUAUCUGGAAUUGGUUCCCAAACAAACAAAGCUUUUUGAACUGCUUGAUCAGAGCCAUCUGUUGGACAAUCCACCGUGGGAGUCCCUCCCCGCGCAUAUUCAUCUGGUCCUGUUCUUCAUUGUCGCCCUCUUCAUUUUGUUAAAAUGCAUUUACGCUUUUCUGUCAAUCGCCACUGUGUCACUGUAUCUCUCGUCUCCCCAACAAUGGCCUCCAUUUCAAGCCUCGGCUAGAGAGGCUUGGUCCGUUCGAAGAUUUUGGGGUCGAUUUUGGCAUCAAACACUGCGCAGUCUACUCUCUUCAAAUGCCGACUUCGUCAUCUCUGUCCUCCAUGUUACCCCGGAUGAUAUCAUUGUCCGCUACGUGCGUUUCUUUCUCUGCUUUAUUAUUUCCGGUCUGAUUCACCUUUCCCUGGAUCAUGCAAUUGGUAUAUCACUCGCCGACUCAGGUGCUCUGGCGUUUUUUCUCGUUCAACCGAUUGCCUUCAUGGCAGAGGAUAUGGCCGAAUGGUUAUCGAAGAGAUAUGGUGUGAUGACAAGAGAUAAUAUUGGAAGGAGAACGGUUGGUCGCAGUGCAGAAUAUAAACUAGGCAUUGUUGGUGUUGAAUCAACGCUGUGA